AUGGUUGCGGAUAUGCUCAUCGCCGCUGAAGGCAUUGGUGAAGACAAAUUGAUUUGUCUACUUCGAUGGGCAAAAGUGAGGGAGUUCCAAGAGGUUAAGAGUGUGUCGAAUGUCUACAGUUCCUCCGUGAUACUGAUCAAUCCACCGUAUCCAGAAAUAAUAGAUUUCGCCAAAAGCAUCCCAAAUGAUGGCCUAUUGUUGACAAUUGCAUUCAGCAAACCUGAUACUCAAUUGGUUGUUAAAAAGGAGCAAGAGGAAUACUGGGAUUUGUUUCCAACAUCGACCCUUUGCGAGGUUCUUGCUUUAGAUACCGUUGCCACUGCCAAAAUCAUAUGUACUGUGUACGCUAUCGACACAUAUAUGGGGUGGUACUACAUUGCGUGUCCUAAAUACCAGCACAACAAGGUGAAGAAAGUCCUUCCUGGUCCUAAUCAGAAGGUAGUCCCCGGUUCCAAGCAGAAGUGGUUUGUCUUAAGUGUAAUGCAAACAUUACCAAUGUUAUACAAGUUGCAUGUCAAGGUGAUGGAUAGCACUCGGGAUACCAAUCUCAUAUUAUUUGAUUCCCUGGCAAAAGUGAUUGUUCAGAAUGACGCAUUAGAGUUACUUGGCGGUGUAAUCGACGAGGAUGUACCAAUUGAUAUUACUUUGACACAGCUCAAAGAUCCUGAGGACUUGCCUGAAGGGUUACAGGCUUUGUGUGCAAUGACAUUUCAGUUUGUAAUAGCCGUCGACAAAGAUAAUCUUGGAGGAGGGCAUAACACUUACAAAUUCAUCAAGGUCCUUUCUACACUUGGUAUGAUUGAUGAAACUGAAGCGCUCACCGAAUCAGCUAGGGAUGUUACUCCAUCUGAACUCAUUUCCGACAGCAAUGAAGUCGUUCUUGAAGAAGGGACGUUGAACGAAGGUACGCCGAUUUCCAAAAAACGUGGCGAGAGCGGGGCAGAUGGGAGUUUGACGGAUUUGGAAAGUUCAAACAAGAAAGCACGUCUGAAAGAAGUGAAGAUUGAGAAGAUUGAGAAGAUGAAGGGAAUGGCGUAG